AUGCCCACGUACGGCUCGCUGGGCUCUCCGUCACUGCGCAAAAUGGAAAAUGGACAGGGCUACGGCCAACGGGCCACUUUCAGCAUCGGUCGCAUUAUUGGUGAUCCCAUUGCGCUGGCCACAAUCUCCAUCGGCAUUCUCGCCUGGCUCAUCGCCUUUGUCAGCUCCAUAAUAUCCGCCAUCCGCGGUGGAUUUCCUAAUUUCGCCUGGUGGACGUUGGUCUUCAUGUUCUUUUGCAUCGUUGGCGUCACUGUGACAGUGGCCUCAGAUGCUGAGAGAACGUACCAUGUUGCGAUCGUGGGCUUCCUUUCCGCUGGACUCGUCUUCACCACCUCGUCCGUCAAUUCGCUUGUCUACUCACCCGUGGCUCCCUUCGAGGCUGCCGCUGCCGGCUACAUCCUGCUCUCCAUGAUCACCAUCGUGUGGAUAUUCUACUACGGCUCGCAACCACAAGCCAGCCAUCGCGCCUUCGUCGACUCGUACGCUCUGCACAAAGAGCACCCCGGGUCGCGCUCUUCGCGCCCCAUCUCCAAUGGCUACACAAACCGUCCAGAGACCCAGGUCAAUAACCAGGCGCCUCAGAUGUACACAUCAGCGCAACUGAACGGCUUCGAGACAUCGUCCCCCGUAUCAGGCUACCCAGGCGGCCCGGUUGGUGCCAAUGGCCGCAACUCAUCCGUCCCGCAAUUCGGCGGCAUGGGCAUGAACAACGCAGCGACACCUACCAACGAAGAGCCACCACAAGAGGCCUCGCUCGAGUACCCAUACCGCGCAAAGGCCAUCUACAGCUACGAAGCGAAUCCCGACGAUGCAAACGAGAUCAGCUUCCAAAAGCACGAUGUCCUCGAGGUAUCAGACGUCAGCGGGCGGUGGUGGCAGGCAAAGAAGCCAAAUGGGGAGACUGGCAUUGCACCGAGCAACUACCUCAUCUUGCUCUAG